AUGGAUGUCUCCGCUAAUUCUGAGGCGUCAGCAAUGAGGCGAACUGUGCCUUGGGAUCGCAAUACUUUUCAGAACUUGUCGCUCCAAGAGCUCGGCGACCAGCACCGCCAUCUCCGCCGAAAUACUUACUUCUCCGAAAACCACUGCAAAAUACUUCACAUCUCCGCAGCAGAGGUCUGGUCCGAAUACGCCGCUGUUGCGGGUAGACGGCAUGACAUGGCUGCCAUACAAGGCCACGCGGCCUUCUUGCGACUUCGCGAAUGGCGUUCCUCCAAAGGACUCGAGGGUUGGGUUGCUAUGGGCUAUUCGGAGCAAUUUCAAAUCAGAUAUCUGGCACAUCAUCAACUGAAGGAGAUUGCCAUCAGCCAAGCCACGUCAAAACAUGAUGGCGGUGUCGAUAACACACGCGAUCUCGCCCGACUCUUCGCAAGUCUCAAGGAUGGUAUGGGCACCACUGUCACUGCUUUCGGCAAUCGAGUAUUGAGAAAACACAAGAAAAUGGCCCGUCAGAUGGCCAACAAAUAUUGUCCAGACAGGCCAGACGAGGACGUCGUAUGGGAUCCUAUUGCCGGCAAAUGGCAGGGUGACCACUUGGCUGAAAUCGCCUUCAUGUAUCCUUGGCGGCAGAGGUCCAGUAUGAACAAGUUAUUCGGCUUGGACCUUGCUUCAAUCACUGAAGAAUACGCCCCGUGUAAUGGUAUUUUUCUACGGGCUCCAAUCCGACGAGGGCUCGAGAACGGUGUAUUUGCGAUCGUCCCCGACGUGGACUUCGGCCUCGACUCAACCAAUCAACACGACGAAGGGGGCAGGCAGAUCGAUCAUGUCCAAGAAUGGUGGCACCGGGAUGUCAAGGAAUACAAGCUGGUUGUCCUGGAUCCUCACCAUCCGAUGGCAACCGGCGAGUCUUUCGAAGCUCAAGAGCCGCUCGUGGACCUCGACGAUCGCAAGCUUACAUUUCGCACAACCUUUCGCCCUCGCGUUCGAUAUGUGUGGUGGUCAUUCCUCUCCGCAAUAACGGUUGCGACAUGGCGACUCAAGGACAAGAGCUGUGAUGGAGCGAGCAUCCAAGACCGCAUUCAAAAGGCUGUGCGCUGCUGGGGUUAUACAACAUUGACUGAGAGUAAAGUGACGGCUUCGUUCGUCCGUGUCAUCGGCAAGGCUGCGGAACCCCUGUUGGGCGUUGGAAGUGGCGAAACGGAUGCGGAUGACCAAGGUAUCGCCGUGGUUGCUUUCGAAAGGGCUUACGCUAUUAGGGAGGAGAAGGACGAUCGCUUCGCCUACUAUUCUGACGAGGAUGAUGAUAUGUUUAAGCACCCCUCCACUACUUACGACGACAACGACACCUAUAAUCACUACGCCACCAUGUCGCAAUCUGGGUUCGCAGCCCCCGAGGACGAUGCUCCCACCUUUUUCAUGCACGAUCUUGUCGAGGAAGCCGUGCGGUCCGUCGAAGAAGUCCCCAUCCCCUUGGCGCCGCGAGCCCCCACCCAAUGGCCUGUCGAGGAACUAGCGACUCGCGAAGCCAGACGAUACUCCCUGACUCCCGACGUAGUCAAAGAGCUGAUCGACUUCCCUUGCUUGAAUUACGUCGACGAACCCGAUGAAAACCUCGUCUGUCCCAUCUGCAGGCUUCCUAUAGUCACCCCGGUCAUCACGCCGUGCGAUCACACCUUCUGCCUCGAGUGCCUCAAGCGCUUUUUCUCCACCUCCGACACGUGCCCCAUCGACCGGACUCGAUUCCGCGCCAAGGACUGCAAGACAUCGAGACUUCUGACCAAUAUGCUCGGUAGCCUGGUCGUCAACUGUCCCAAUACCGAACGAGGAUGCGAUGAGACAAUGAAGCGCGAGGAGGCCGUCAAGCACGCGAUCGACUGCCGAUACACGCUACACGACUGCCCGGAGAAGACCUGCGACAAGAGAGUGGAGCAGUGGAGGGCGGUGUCGGGCAAGUGCUUGCAUUUCGAGCAGAAGUGUGAGUACUGCGAAGAAAAGAUGGAGGCGUUGUCGAUGGAAGACCACAUCACUAGGAACUGCUCGAAGAACAUCACAACAUGUACCGACUGCGGCGAGACGAUCAAAGCCUCAGAAUCGAAGCAACACAGCUCGGAAAGAUGCCCUGAGUCGUCUGCGCCAUGCAAAUAUGGUGACUACGGCUGCUCUCACCGCGGCCUCCGUAAGACGCUGGAUGCCCAUGAGGACGGGUGUAUGUACAGGGUGGUCGCGGUCGUGGGAGAGAAGGUCAAACUACAAGAAAAGCACAUCGAAAAGCUGCAGAAAGAAAAGCAAGAGCAAGAAAAGCAGAUUCUGGAAUUGAAGGACGAGCGGCGCGACUGCAUCUCGUGGGACGACGUUUUCAAUCUCAACAACGUACAGGGCGGGCCCAAGUUCAAGCCCACGGAAGCAGUCAUGACCAUUUACGAAGACAUGGAACGCAGAAUGGAGGAGCUCAAGAAGGAAUUUACGGAGCUCGAGGGCCGGCAGACAGUCAUGGUGCUGAACCAGGUCAUACCGAUCAAGGAUCAGAUCACCGAGAUCAGGAGCAACCUCGGCAUCCUCAAGAUGCACAUGGCGUGGUUGAUGAACAAGAGCCGCGAGGAGGUCGAGCGCACUCGGCUGGCGAACCGCACCGUCAGUGGGACCAGCCGGACCCGGGGCAGCUCCGAUAGCGAUGGCGAAGCCUCGUCUUCAUCUAGGAGGUUGAGCGAUGGCUCGAACGGCAUUCCUCGACUGUAA